CUAAUUACAGUACAGUGUAGAAACAGUGUAAGCGGAGCUCAUACUUGAAGUUUUUGUUACUUUUCCAGAACGAAAGAAAACUAAAGACGAUUGCUUAUGUAACUGUCUGUUUAACAAGCAUUCAUGCGCAAGAGCGCUUGCGCAAGUACACAGAAAUUUCGUGCGGGUCCACAGGGCGACAGAAUACAUAUUCUCCAUUCUGUGAUACGGCUAAACCAUGUUUGUACAAUCAUCACUCUCUUUGCCAGAAAAUGUUAAGUUCGGCUUGCCCAAGGCUCCCUAUUCUUGGUACACACAUGCAGAAGUACGCAUAAUCGAAAUUCGAUCAAACUUCAAAUAGCGUGAGCAGUCUUGUUGCACAGAUUUGUCGUACACACACUAAAGCCGUGUUGAGAAAACACGCUUGCGCAAGAGUUUUUGUUGUGUGAAGUCGGUUUGAAGUGACGGUGUAACAGGCUGCAGGGACAUGACUGUUGAGGAACCCAUCAAGGUGAUUACCCCAUGGCCAUUAAAAGCCGCAUGAUAUGAACAUUUAGAUUGGACACUGACAGCUAUUCCCCUCUACCUCUUUAUUCCAGUGCGGUUUUUUGUGGUGAACAACCGUGAAUAGGUAUUCACCAACACACACUGAAGACAGUGUAGUGAGUCAAGCUUGAAAACUUUUUGAUUCGUGUAAUGAUUAGUUUCUAAAAAAAACAUUGAUUUGAGUGCUCUUGUGGGACGUGUUUGAUAUUACAUGUGUUCACUUUGAUUCCAGGCUCUGGAACAGAGGAGCACCCAAGCAUAGGCUGAGACUCCUGCGAGCAUAACCCUGUUAAAAUGUAACACUGUUGCUAUGUCUUCUAACCAAAUUCUGUACAGCAGUGUAGCAUAUGAUGUGCAGGUUUUUCAAAGGUCCUGAAUCCAUUUCCAUGUUCCAGUAAUGUCAGAUUUCCAGUAUGGAUAAAAGAACAUUGAGAGCAUUGGAUUGAGGGAACUAAGAAUUGCUUUAGGCCACUGUGCAUCUGCAGCCCCUUCUGUGGGAAAGAGGUGGCGGGGAGGGUUUGCAGUACACAUAAACAAGAGUGCACCAUAAUCUUCCAUUUGAUUUUAGCAGCAGUAGACAGUAUUCUGUUUUUGUGACUGCAGGUAGGUCUCGAUAGUAGUGGGGAACCCAACCCUACAAUUAAUGAAGUUCCUUAUUUCAACUACAUUUGCAGUAGACAUGAUUAAAGUGAUUGGAUAAAUUUCUCUAUUUUUAAAUUACCUCUCAGUACAUUUCCUUUCAAUAAUGAACUAUGCAACUCAAAGUUGCACCAUGUCCUUGUAUUUCAUUUUAAUAAAAUGUACAUCUAGGACUUACCUCCAUACAUCAGAAGCAUCUUUCCACGAGAUCAGUGGACUAUGAUUUAUGUAGUGAAGUAACAUAUGUCUGCCCCUGCUUGUCCUAUAUGUGAAUUGUUUCAUGAUAGUUUUGUAAAUCUAAAUCUGAUUGGCCAAAUCAUGAAUUGGACCUUUUGUCAAACACUUCUUAGGGAAAUACCUUUAGUGUACAUAGCUUGCCCAGAUGAAGUUAACUGAAUUUUUCCUGGCCGCUAACAGGAGUAGUACACAAUGUAGAGGAAGCAAGAUGUAUCAGCUACACAGUCUGCUGCUGGGAGAGGAACUGUAGAGUGGUAACAAUGUGUGUCUUCUUCCCACAAAGCUGGAACACUGCAGUUGCUUUAUAUGAGCUCCUACUCUUUGUCACCACAGCUGACAAUGUUAAUGAUUCAUAAAAACCACCUCAGCUGUAUUGUUACACAUUUAUUGUGUCUCAUCCAGGUGAACAUCUUCAGGUUGCAGUUGUGCUAAAGGCAUGACAUGACAUCUCACCAUGAUUAAAAUUAUUUCUUAUAACCAUUUAUGUCAUAACUUUAGCAAACUUUGCAAUGCAAGGAUGCUCAACACAAUAACUGUAGGCCUCUAAUAAUACAGCUGAAAUGGUUUUCAAUUAACUGUUAAAGAACAUUGGCUCAAGUGUGGACCACUUCAAAGAUUAUAGUUUGGUUGAGUUGAUGAAACCAGCAAAUGUGGAUACAAAAUGUUGGUUGUCAUGACUAACAUUAAUGAAUCCAAAGUAUUACUCCACUCACUGCCUGUCCAUUCUCAUCUUUUUUUUUCUCCUUUGCCUUCCAAAUGGCGCAUGCUCUCUCGUUUGAGCGACAUUGUGUCAAUGGUCUUGUCCGCGCACAGUGCACAGCUAAGUGACCGUGUGAAUUGUUGGUGCAGCGUCUCCUGCCCCAAAUUCUUACCACUGAUAAUUAAUUUAUUCCUAUUAAAUUCAUCCCCCCCCUCUCAUUAUCAGGUAGUUUUGCUUAUUUGCCACACAUACCCAUGCCACAUGAACUUUUGAACUUCAACCUAACCAUUCCCACCUCUCUCAUUGCUCUACUAUCUGUAUUCUCAAAAACCAUAGAAAAAAUUUUUCAAAGAAGAGUAGCAGAUUUUCUGGAACAGCACAAAAUACCACCCACAGCGCAACAUGGUUUCUGGAAAGGCCGAUCAACUGACACAGCAAUUUUUGAACUAUCAAGUGAAGUAUUUCAGAAACUAGAUAAUGGUGAAAAUGCCAUUGGAAUAUGUCUAGAUCUAUCUAAGGCUUUUGAUAUCAUAGAUCACACAAAACUAUUGCCUAAGCCUGACAACAUGGGGAUUUGAGGAACAUCUAACAACUGGAUAAAAUCGUAUCCAAGCAGUCGAAAACAAGUGGUUCAAUUGCAACAUCAAAAUUUCAUCAGACUCACUCAACACUAUUCACACUAUGAAACCAUUAAAUAUGGCGAGCCACAAGGUUCAGUUCUGUAAUCUCUUCUAUUUCUGUUAUAUGUGAAUGACCUAAACAAAUUGUGCAAGAACAUCAUCCGGUUUGCUGAUGAUACAAGUGUGCUAGUGAGUGGGAAAGAAAUGCAAAUGCUUCAGAGGUUUACUACAGACACACUGAACAAUAUUGAUAACUGGCUCAGUCACAAUCCAUUGGUAAUAAAGGACCAGUAAUGUCACAAACAAACACAUUGCCUAAUCACACUGCUCACUGAGCUUCGAAUCGAUGUACUAUGGGCCCAGAAGAGAUGAAAACACGGGCAUCAAUCUCAAUAACAUCAGAAGCAAUACUAAGAGCAGAACAAUUGCCAGCAGCAAAAACAUCUCCUGGAGUAGAAGAAGCAGUAUGUAAAAAUAUCAUAAAGAAAUCAACACUACCAAGAGCACCAAAAGCAGCACAGAAGAGAGGUGGAAGGAAUAAAAGAAAGCAGGGGCCUAUGUAUUUGAUGGGAGAGUAUUUUUACAUCCACAGUCCUGAAAAAAACUGUGGUGAAGAAUGUCUCAAAUGGACUGUCGGGGGUCCAAAAAAUGCAGUACUCCAGUUUCGCUGCUGUGCAUUGUCAAACCCGCCCGUUGAUCCACCGGCAAAUGAGUUACAUAUGACUUAUAAAACUGUACAAGCCGAGACAAAACUGCUUGCAGCUAUACUGAAUGCUCACGGAAUGCGGGAGGUUCACAACAGUAUUCCAGAUUUCAAUUUAUUAUGGACAGGUGUGCAUCCAAAACCACAUGUUCUGAAAGAUUUGACAGCGUAUCAACGAGUUAAUCAUUUCCCAAGGUCUUUUGAACUGACACGUAAGGAUCGGUUGUGCAAGAAUGUAGAGAAGAUGCAGAUGCUGAAGGGGGCAAAACAUUUUGAUUUUAUCCCACAGACCUUUGUGAUGCCAGCAGAAUAUCGCGAGUUAUGUUCAAGUCACCACCGAAACAAAGGUCCAUGGAUAGUAAAGCCAGUUGCCUCAUCACGUGGCCGUGGUAUCUACAUCGUUAAUAGUCCAGAACAGGUGCCUUUAGAAGAAACAGUAGUCGUUGCAAAAUACAUUGACAAUCCUUUGCUGGUUGAUGGACACAAAUGUGAUUUGCGACUGUACGUUGUUGUUACAUCGUAUGAUCCCUUACUUGUCUAUUUAUAUGAAGAGGGUCUGGUACGCUUUGCUACUGUGAAAUAUGACUCAGGUGGCAAACACCUAUGGAAUCCAUGCAUGCACCUCUGCAACUACAGUAUCAACAAAUAUCACUCUGAUUAUGUUAAGAGUGAUGACCCUGAAGCUGAGGACGUCGGUCACAAGUGGACACUGUCAGCUUUACUGAGGCAUUUACGUGCUGCAGGAACGGACACAGCACUCUUGAUGUCAAGAAUUGAAGAAGUCAUUGUAAAGUCUAUUUUAGCUUCAGCACCACCAAUUGUAGCAGCUUGCCGCAUGUUUGUCCCACACACACACAACUGUUUUGAACUGUAUGGUUUUGACAUCCUGGUGGACUCAGAACUAAAGCCAUGGCUGUUAGAAGUUAACCUAUCCCCAUCACUGGGCUGCGACUCUCCAUUAGAUGUCAGAGUGAAGUCUGCAAUGUUGGUGGACCUUCUAACUCUAGUGGGGCUACCAGCAAUUGAUCCAAUGCUGCGGCGUAUAAAUGAACCUCAUCAUCACAGUAACCCUGCUGAUAGUACCAAGAAGCUUAAUUGUAGGCGGGUGCAUUCAGCAGAUACACUUACAGUAACAGCAACAGGGUCAAGGAGAGCAAACAGUUCGUCAGCACGUUUAACUUACAGCUCACUUUCACUCAGCCCAGAAGAAUCUAGAAUUGUUCGUUGUGCACGCAUGGAAUAUGAGCGCCGUGGUGGAUUUGUGCGAAUCUUUCCUUCAGUUGAGAGCUGGAAUCGUUACAGUGCAUUUCUUGAUCCUGUGACUGGUAUAACUUGCCAUAGUGGCACUACUUCAAUGGGGCACCCUUGCUCAACAACUGGAUUAAUUCAGCACAACUAUAACUUGACAUUGCAUCAGCAGUUAUUUCCUGGGGAGAUUAAGAAAGUUCAACAACAACCACGUCCAGUGCCAAAACUUCCUGAGCGAUUGGCACGUUAUGAAAGAGCACUAGCUCAAGGACAUUGUACAGUUCUUGAAGAGAAGAAUCAGUCAUCACAGAAGACUGAGGAAGGAACUAACAAACUGAAUCCAAACCGAUACGAUGUUAAUUCAUUGCGCCAAGAAAUCCUGCACUGCUUUGAGAAAGGCAACAGGCUCAGCCAGAAUCAAGCACGCAGGAUCUUCUGCCAGUACUUGCAAUGUAUAUUACGUCGCCUAGCCAACAAAGAAGGUUUUGAUACAGAUGAUGAUAACAACAGUGAGCUUAUAUUGCGUUUCUUACAAAGGGCUUCAAGUAAUCUGCGCACACCGUACUUUGUUCAGCCUCCAAACAGAAAACUAUCUGGCAAAGACAGAGUAGCUGUAGUUGCAAAACAAUUAUCAGACUUCAUUUAUCUGUAUAGCCGUGAAACUGAGCUCUACACAGAAGCAACAGACCGUCCACACUGUAUACCGUCAGAAUUAUGCACCAGGUUUCUCAUUUUUGCAAGUGAGUCUGAUCUGGAGGAAGUCCUGUCGGCUCAUUCACGUGUGUUUAAAUGUGUGCACACGUACCUAGGACGUUGUGGACCAGCCCCAACAACUCGUCACCCAUUGGGUUUGCUGCGUUCGUAUCCACAUGCACCUGGAGGUACAUCUUGUGAGACUCGUCGUGCCUCUCUUUCAAAACAACCUGCUGCUAAAAGGGCAUCCACUACUAAAGUCUCUAGAGCACUGUGAUACAUUGUGGUAUAUGAUUUUUACGUAUCCGUUCCAUGUAUGUGACAAGCUAGUCAUGUAAAGUAUUGCCUUGACGUUGUUAGUUGAGUUUGACGUGGGUUAGGAAAAGUAUUUCUUGAAAUGAUAACUUCGAUAAUGGUAGUGCUACUGUUGUAUUUUAAUUGUUUUUAUUUAUUUUGUUGUUGGAGACAGUGAUUAAAAGAAGUAUUUAGACGGCCUUCCUGUUUUUAUGGCUGCCUGAAAUAGCAGCCGUUAAAAAAAGUCUGUGAUCUUUGUAUAAGUUAAAUCCUCAUUUUUGCAACAGUAUGUGGCAUUUUUUAUAAAAGAAUUCCAUGUGAGUGAUGGGUCAUGGUGCAAUCACAAUUAUUUUUUUGAUAUUUGUUUUUAUAUAUUUACUCACAGGGUACUUUUUAGAGUUGUGAACAGUGUCAAAGGCUGCAGUGGCAUAAUUUCAGUAUUUUGUUAUUUAUUUAGCUAGAUAGUGUUAGUCAGUGCAGCCUUUCCAUCUUUCUAAUUAUUUAUGUUAUUUAUUAUGUCAUUCAACUACUAAUACCUUCUUGUAUAAUAUCUUAUUAUUGUUCACUAAGAGAUUGGACAAAUGUAUUGCUUUGAAGGACUGUUUUUUGGUGCUUUAUUGGAGGCAACGAAAGGAAAGAAACACUGCCAGAGCAAUUGUUCAUUGUGAUUGUGAUUACAAUUUAAUUUUCUGUAUGCAGUGGUGAAUUGUGACAUAAACAAAACAAAUUGUGUUGAAGGCUGAUGCAAUGAUUUUAUCUUGUACAAUAACAACAAAUCAAGCAAAGUUAUUUUGAAUAAAUUUCAGUUGCUCAAUUGCUUUUUAACAAUAGUCACCAGUAAAGCAGUAGUGCACAUGCAGCAACUCCCAACAAUUUUUCAUCCAUGAAGUACAAUUAAAUAAGCAAGUUACCAGUAGUGCCAUAGAAACUGUAUGUUGAGGGGUGCUAUGAUAAUAAUAAUUAUUAUUAAGUUCUCAUAAAUGAACAUUAUUUUUAAAAUAGAUUUUAUACACAGUUAAGACUCCCAUCCUCAUGGUAAUGGUUUAUAAUUACAUAUACCUAAACUUCAAGUAUUCUUGCACAGGAAUUUCGUGUCAUUAAUGCAUAAAAAUCAUUUUGUUGAUGUUUGUGUCAUGUGAAAUGCAAGUUUCCAGAAUUUUUAUAAUGCAUUAACAUUGUUUUGCUGAAUGGACAAAAAAUCUGGAGGAAAAACUAUAAGUGGCACAAAGUAAAUCAUCUGAAUAGUAGUUUACAGAUAACACAGAAACAUAAUUUGGCUUUUAACUAGGACAAGAUACAAACUUCUUUCUGAAUGAGUAAGGUUUGUGAGCACUCACGAUGGCUCGGAGAUUAGUAUUGUAAAGCUUACUUGUGAAACUGUUCACAAAAAUUAAAGCUAGAAGUUAAAUUUGAUAGAAAUCAUUAUCAUAAAUUACUUUAAGGUUCACUCUCUUGUUGGCAUCAGUUUGAGGAAUACUACAAAAAUGUAGUUUCACCACCAGAGAUUUUCCCAGUCCCUUCCCCACCUCCCAUAAAGGAACUUAAGAAGGUAAAUUUGUGAGAUGUUCUUGGAAAGUGUGGGGAGAAGAAUGAGUUGGAGGCAAAUGUGAAAUGUGAACUUUGUAAGUGUGUUGGUGUAACGGAUUACUUGCACUGCAUCAUAUGUUAUUGAUUGAAAAAAUUCAUUUAAUUUUUUUGUUCAGUGUGAGUAAAAUAUAUAAAACUUCAAGGACAUAUAAUUUUCAUAUUUUUUUGAUAAGGCAGUGAUUAUUGUCAACUUACAAUUACUGUCAUCAGUUUCAUCUACCCCUUGUAGGCAAUAACUCUUGGCUACUCAAUAACUCUUGGCUGCAUUGAGUCAUAAAAUAAGCCUGAUACCUGUGUAAUGGUACUGCACCUGCCUCUAUUUGAGAGCAAUGUUUUAUUCAAAUUAUUUGAGUAUUAGUCUUUUAUAUUUUUGUUUUCUCUGCCUACUCAAUGUGCAAACUGUGUAAAAUGAGAAAUACUGAAACAAAAGAACAGCUGAUACUAUGCUGUCUUCCUUACUAUGAGGAAUAUAAAAUACUCGUCAGUGACCUUAACCAAUAGUAACAUCAACGAGAAAUGUAAACAGUUCUUGUAAGUAGUUGAGCUGCCUCUCUUGGAAGUAAUGUUACAUGGGAAAAGCAGUCAUUAAAUGUACUUGGGCAAGAGUACUUAAUUACUGGUAUAAUAUUGGUAUAAUUACUUUUCUUUUGGUUUUUAGUUAUAAAUGUGCGUGCAGUUUUUUUAAAUGAAAUAGUAACAACAUGUGGCUCAUCUGUCCCCUAACCCCUUCUCUCUCUCUCUCUCUCUCUCUCUCUCUCUCUCUCUCUCUCUCUCUCUCUCUCUCUCUCUCUCUCUGACACUACUUACCCAUGCAAUUAAUGCACAAAAAAAGUCAAAGUCUUUCAGAAUUAAUGUUUAAAAGCUUUUAAAGCAAUAAUCACACUAGCUUUUAGCUCAGAAGUUAAAGCUACAUUUUUCACUAUGUGGAGAAUUCCAUUGUAUAAUCUUACAGAAGAGACUGUUCUGGUCAUUAAGGUGCUCUUUAUUAUUAUUUUAUUAUUAGUGAAUAGCAGUGGUAUUAGAUUAAGUGGUUGCUCAUAUGGUGACAAUUGUGGUCAAUCAAUCUAUCAUAAAUACUUAACAUUUAAAUGCUGAACUUUAAUUAUUAACAAUAUUCACAUUCAAAUAAGGGUGAAGUGGACAGGAAACUAGAAAAGUGGUUUAGUUAUUUUGAAAGCUGGAUAUACAUGGAUACAAACUAUCUUGUCUCAGUUGGACUGAUUUCUCAUUCCAUAUUAAAUUAUCACCUCUUUUCCCUUUCAUUUUGCUUGUCGUUGAUUCAUGACAAAGAUUUUUCCUUCUAAAAAAUAGAAUUAGCUAACAAAGUCAUAAUUUUCACUGUAAACAGAAAGGCCUUUCAAUGAGAAAUUUUAUUAUCUUUCAUAGAUGUGUAAGAUUUAGUAAUGAUGCCAAAGUAAUUUGUAUGUUUUACAUGUUCAGUUUUGUAUAUCAUGCGUUUAGUAAUACUUCUAUGGUAUGAUACUUACAACAUGGUAUGUUUAGUAAACUGGUGUCACUUAUUAAUAAUGGUUUGUGAAAGUAUCCAGUGGUUUUUCACUCAGUGAAGCACAAAUUUCUACAGUUAAUAGAAUCACAGUAUAUGUAGCAAAUGAACUGUAGUAAAAGCUGUAACACUGUUUCCAGUUAUGUGAAAAACAUUCCUUACAUGAAGUGCUGAGUUUGUGUACUUAACUUUAUCAGAAAUAUCUGAAGUACUUGUGAUAUUUUAACAGUGAAAACGACGUAUGCCAUUCUUUAAGCUGAUGUUUUUUACAGAUGUAGUCACUGAACUAAAAAAUUUUUGGAAGAUUUUUUAUGAAGUGCAUUAAAAUAUUGUACCUCACAUUGUAUUUGGACAAGUGCACUGUAACCUGUCUUAUGGAUGAUGGAGGAAAUUGUCAUAAUGUACAUGAAUUUGAAAUUGUGUAUUUUUGUGGGCACAGCUUUGUAGACUUAAAUGUGCUCAUUUGGCAUAGAUUUACGCUGUUCGCUGCUUAAAGAUGUAAGUCAGUCUUCACUCAUGGCAGCUAUUUUUCUCAACUUUGUAUUCAAUGCAAAUAUAUUCACUUGAUAUCUGGACAGAAAACGAUUUUGUUAUAUU